UUUCCUUCGCCAACCUAGCGUAACAUUCUCAUCCCAAAAGCCACCGCCUCACCUCCGCAUCUGUACGCUGUAAUCGUCUCACCAACACCCGCCUCAACAUCUUCGUCGACCACAACCAUAGCCAUUGGCACUCGCCCCUGCGUCAACCGAUCAUCAUUUUCCAUCUUCUUUUGGCAUCACUUGCACCCUCUAUGUUCGCCGGUCGCCACCAUUAAGCUAAUAGACCGAUCGCCAUUGUGUAGUCCUCACCCACAACCGGUCAUCAUAUACAUUCGACGCCUUCGACGACUCUCGGCACCUUUACUACGCCCAAUCGUCAACAAAGUUUUCAUAGCCAUUUCUUUGGGCUGCAAGCAAUGAUGAAGUUGUAAAAAGGUGGAACCCCUAAUUAUUUGUAUAAGCAAGGCUGUACAGAACUGUUGAUCUCAGGGCUUUGUUGUGGGUGAACAGUUUGGCCAGCUUCGUUAUACGAGUUGUUUAUGCAGUUCAGCAUUGAAGAAUUGAAGAAAGCAACAGACAAUUUCUCCCAUAGAAGGCCUGUUUCUUCUGUCUACGAGGGCAGGUAUUCUGGCAGCAGGAUUGUCAUCAAGCUAUAUAAGUACAAAAGCUAUCCUGACCCUUCUGCCUUUUUGGAAGACGUCAAACAAGCCUCAAUCCUUCAGCACGAGCAUAUCCUACAAAUUUUGGGCUAUUGUGUAGAUGGUCUGGAGUGCUAUGUUAUCGCUAAAUUAAUGUUGGAUAGAACCCUCGAGCAGCAUACCAAUCUGUAAUGCACUUCGAAUGGUGGAACUCUGUCUGAUGAAACUUGAUGGAAGCGUGAAGUCAGAAAGUUUAUCGAGAAAUGUAAAUCGCCAAUUUCAAAAGACGCAGCUAUUGCGAGAAAAGACGGGCCGACUUCGAGAAAGCAACAGACAAUUUCUCCCAUAGAAGGCCUGUUUCUUCUGUCUACGAGGGCAGGUAUUCUGGCAGCAGGAUUGUCGACAAGCUAUAUAAGUACAAAAGCUAUCCUGACCCUUCUGCCCUUUUGGAAGACGUCAAACAAGCCCCGACCCUUCAGCAUGAGCAUAUCGUGCAAAUUUUGGGCUAUUGUGUAGAUGGUCUGGAGUGCUAUGUUAUCGCUGAAUUAAUGUUGGAUAGAACCCUCGAGCAGCAUAACAAUCUGUGUUGUCAAUCAAAGUUUAUGACCUGGGAAGGGAGGUUAAUAGUUGCUUACCAAGUAGCUGAAGCUCUAUACUACUGCACUGCUAGGAAUCGGCCUCUGCAUAAACAAUUGACAAUGGAAGAAGUGUUCAUAGAUGAGGCAAAUGAAUGCAGCAGAUUCUAUUGUCAUUGUGAACUCUACAGCAAGUUGGGUCACUAUGUUGUUGAAGACGUGGUAAAAUUGUUCAAUCUAGCACUUCUUUGUUGCAAACAUGAUGAAUCAGGAAGAAUGGACCUAGAAGAUAUAUCAAACACUAUCACAUGGAUGAGAGAGUUUUUUCGGUUUCGGUUCGUGUCGAUUGAACACCGUCUGGAAGAAAUCCUACAAAAAUCAAUUCAAAUUGCAUAUCGAUUGGUUUUGAUUUGGUACGGUUCAGUAGAGCGGAAGUCCAAUGGAGCUGAAGUCCAAGACAACCUGUCAACCCAACGGUAGGUCAGUCUUUCAGCUCAAGUGUAACACCCCGACUUUUUGUGAGCUGGUUAUUUUAAUAAUUAAUUAUUAUUAUUUAUUUUAGUCGAUUAAAUAGAUUUCUUCUAUGACUAAUGUGAUCAAUUAUUUUUCAUGUUUGUUUGUGGCAGGUAACGUACCGGUAAGCUCUAAUAAUUUUAAGUGAAGAAAUAACUAAUGGUCUAAAAAUAGAAAAUACUUUUAAUGUGUUAGAAACAUUUUUUAAAGAGAUGAUUAGAAGCCCAAUUCAGUUAACUAAGCCCAGAUAAAUAUGUUUAAGACUGAAAUCCCUAAGAAGUGCGCUUCUAUCCUCCCAUCAGCGGUCGUCCCUUCUCUCCAGAAAAAUGUUCAUCACUUUCAAAUCUCGUAUGGUGAUCCUGUUUCUCAGCCUAUCGAGUUUAUCAACCAACUUUUUCACCAAACACGGAAAUUUUGAUUUCGCACGCUGAAUUGUGUAAUAAUAAGAAAAAGUUACGUUGGGGUUACUUCUCUGGCUGUAUUGACUAAAGUUACUAUAGAUGAUCAUUUUAGCUAUUUUCAUAUAAUUUUUUCUUUACUUACUUACUAAAAAGUAUUUUAAAUGUAAUUUUUCAUAGAUUAGCAGAACCGGGCAAUCCAACCACUUAAGACAGAACUUCAUAAAUUUCAUCAAAAUUAGCCAAUGCAGCCCAUUUUGAUAUUACCAAACAGGAUCUCAAUUUGCGAUCAAGAAUUUUCUUAAUUCUGAUUCGAAUCUCAUACCAGGUAAGACAAAUUUCAUUCUCUAUACUUAAUGUGUUCUUUUAGGAUUGUUGAAAAGCUUGAAUUUCUGCUAGAUUUGCUCAAUUCCUUUGAUUUGUUAAAAGUUUUCAAAGCCUCGAAUGAGUAAAUCGAAUAGUCCUUACUUCGUAGGUUAUUAAUUCCAUGCUCGUGGCUUUAGUUUGUUUUCCCUCGGUUCUCAGCAAAGCAGUGCUAUCUAUUGCUAGUGGAGUAAUUUUUUUAAAAUUGAUUUGAUGAUUUCUAAUGGUUGAACAGUGGGUCGAUUUUAGUUAAUGUUUAGGUUUUAUAAUAUCUCCUAGAUUUUGGAGUUUAAAUUUCAUAUCAAGAUCUCAUUUAUAAAAUUUCCAAUAUCAUGGUCUCUAUUACAAGAUUCUUUUUCUGCCGCGUUAGGGACAUCUGUUUAGUUCUAGCAAGAGUUCAAUUUCAAAUCCAGGAAUUUCUAUUGCCUAUUGCUGUGUUUUGAAACUAAAAGGGGAUAAAUUCCAAAAUUUAAAUCUUUGAUUAGCUGAUUACCUCACGUUGUCAAAUCCUACGUUUCUUUUUGUACUGACUAGAAGUCUAGAAGAACACCCGUGGAAUAGCACACGUAAUGAAAUUUCAACGUAUGUAAUUAACUUUAGUCAAAUUUUGAAUUAAUAAACAAAUUUGUAAUUUUAAUGUAAUCCUUCAGAAUUAUAUUCCGUAAAACAUUAAAGUUUUAUGUAAAAUGAAACAUAUCCAAUACAAUUUAUCAAUGAUUACAAAUAGGAGUGGACUCGGGCUGGGCCAACCGGCACGGAACCGGAUCGGCCCGCUACUGUGCGGGCCCGGACCAGCCCGCUACUGUGCGGGCCCGGACCGGCCCGCCGUUGUGCGGGCCCAGACCAGCCCGGUGAACCGGUUGGUGCCUGGUUCGGGCCACCCGGCUCGGUGAGGUAGGUGGGCCGGGCCUCCUAAAUCGUGAACCGGCCCGACCGGUUCGGGCCCGGUCCAGGCUAACUUAUUAUUAUUUUUUUUGAAUUUUUUUAAGUUUUUGUGUUGGGUUGGGGGUUAAUUAGGAAAAGUCAAAAAAAAAAAAAAAAAGAAUCGAGGCCCGGCCCGUACCGGACCCGGGGGGUUACCCGGGCCGGUUCCGGGCCUCCCUUUUCAUGAACCGAGGCCCGGCUAGGCCCAGGCCCGAACUAGGCCCGAACCGGAACCGGUCCAUCCCUAAUUACAAAGUAGUACACAAUUUGUUAUAGCCCCAUAAAAUAGUAAGCAACAUGCCCUCAAGCAGUGAUGCAACAUAAAUAUAAUUUGAAAUUGCAUUACAUUUCACGCUAAAAGUUAUGGACCACAUCUUUAUACACAACAUUUUCGAUUUCAAUAUUUGUAUCUCUCAUUGGUUACUUCAAACACAAUCACGUAAAAUUUACCAUGACUAAUAUUUUUUCAACAUCAAGCCAACACAAGUUAUGCUUAUCUUUCAAAAUUAAUAAAAAAGACACGUAUGAGUUAUCUUAAAUGUAGAAAAUGGAUACUAACUAUUAAAGUUAAUUAAUACCAUUCCAAAAGAAGAAUCUCGUUCCGACUUGAUUACUUUUCAUGAAAUGUCACCCCCACCCAAAAAAAGAACAUGUCUCAUGUUUUAUUCUAUUUCUCAAUAUCUUAAUAAACUCUGAAUCCCACAAACAUAUCACCAUUAACAAACAAACAACACAUAUAUUAUAUUGUUCUGUGCUUUUGUCCAGCCGAUAAAAGACAUGUAUAUCUCAACAAUUAUACCCACCCAAUCAUCCAGCACCGGAUCCUGGUUUAUACGCCUUCAUCACUUAAUAACAUGUUAACUGUUUCUUCGAAAUUGAAGCAGUACUUAAUACGGAGUAACAUGUUUAACUUCAAAUGUGUCUUUAUUUACACGAUAAACAAAAUUAAAAGAAAAUGUAUGAAAGUGAUCAUGUAAAAAAGGAACCGAGUGAAUUGAUAAGCAUUGUUAAUCUUAUCUGUAAAUUCUGCUAUGAAACUGGUACGGUUUCAAGAUUCCAUCUUCCUGAUCAAUCUGAUUAAGAGUAGCUGUGCACAGCCAAUAAAGAGAAGCAAAAAGGUUCAUAAACAGUCAUAAAUAUGCUUGUGAGAAAUACCACCGACAUACUUCUGAAAAAAUUAAAGUGUAUGUCAAUAUCUGUUGUAUUUAGUAUGCUAAGAUUUUUGAAGUACUACUUCAAAAACUAAUAUCAACAAUAGUAUUUAUGAAGAUGGUUGUAUCUACUCAUAUCAAUCAACCGUAGAACAUGAAGAAUGAAAAAUACAAAGUACAUACCUGAAGCCAUUGAUAUUCACGUAUGUGUUCGGUGACAUUUCUAAAUAGUCUCAUCAAGUCCACUAAUCUAUCUCCCGUGUACUGUCUGCAUCUGCCUUCUUUUAAUUUUCAAUGAUGUCACUUGGAAAUUUAGAUUUCCAAUCUUUUGAAAGUACUUUAGUCUUAAACGAUUCGAGUUUAACACGCAACAACCAGGAGUUCCAGAGAAGUCUUCCAUAUAAGAACUUAAAGCUAAUAUAAAAUGUACUUGAUCCAUCUUUGAUAAGAAAUAUUUAUGGUCAAGAAGAUCUUACGGCUUAACUUCACUCUUAUAAUAACUUCCUCGAACCACUUACAUCGUCGCGAAUUCUUUACUUCCGCGAAUUACAUAUGACUCGCGUUGUACAACGACUUCGUCCAAACUAAUCUUUUGGAUCCAGUGUUGUUUACUUAAAUGCUGUACACAAGACUUUCUGAGUGGAUUUGAUUAAUUUCUAAUACAACAUCAUUAAUAACGCCGCGGUAUGCAUCACGAGAUAUUAUGUUUUGACUGUUUGUGGAAUUCUAAAUAACGUAUUCACAACAUCUUCCCUUAGAAGGUUUUGUGAAUAUAAGUAUUGCACAUAUUGAGGAGAGAAGUAGUUGGCUUAAAGUUCCGAGAUUAAAAAAUGAUGAUGCUUGGGUUUUAGUUAUUUCAUCCAUCAUUUGAUGAGAUUGGUACCUAGAUGUAUCUCUUUGAUAUUAGUUUCAUAACAAAUUAAAUAUAUUACUACAAACUAAAAUCAGAUAUAUAUCAAUCACUAAACUGAUCUACUAUUAAUUUGCAACGAAUUCAUUUAUAAGAGAAUUAAUGAUUUUCCUUUUCAUAUUGUGUCAAGCACCAAAAGUGAAUCACAAUCUAGAGUAAUCUUUGAGUUCUUUCCUUUCACAAGUUAAAACUUAAAACUACAGUGAGUUUUUAAAAGAAUUCAACUUACUAUAGUUUUAAGUUUUAACUUGUGAAAGAGGAAAGAACUCAAAGAUUACUCUAGAUUGUGAUUCACUCUUGGUGCUUGACACAAUAUGAAAAGAAAAAUCAUGAUGUCACUUAUAAAUGAUUUUUAUGCCAAUUAAUAGUAGAUCAGUUUAGUGAUUGAUAUAUAUCCGAUUUUAGUCUAUAGUAAUAUUUAAUUUGAUAUGAAAAUAAUAUCAAAGAGAUAGAUUUAGGUACCAAUCUCAUCAAAUGAUGGAUGAAGUAACUAAAAACCCAAGCAUCAUCAUUUCCUAAUCUCGGAACUUUCUGUCAACUACUCUCUCCUCAAUACGUGUCAUACUUAUGUUCACAACACCUUCUAAGGGAAAACAUACUAUCUCGUGAUGCAUAACGCGGCGUUUUUAAAGAUGUUAUGUUAGAAAUUGAUCAAAUCCAGUCAGAAAGUCUUGUGUACAACAUUCAACAUUUAAGUAAACAACACUAGAUCCAAAAGAUUAAUUUUGGACGAAGUCGUUAUACAGCGCGAGUCAUAUGUAAUUCGCGGAAGUCUAAAGAAUUCCAACGAUGUAAGUGGUUCGAGGAUCACAACAUGUACAAGGUGAUGUGCGGACAUGAAUACAUUUCAUUGAAUUUAUAAAAGAAUGUAGUGCUUUAGAGAAAGGAAGAGCUGAAUUAUUUAAAGAUGAAGAAGACAUUGUAAGCAAUUAACCAUCAGAGCAUGAGACUUGUAUUAUAAGAGUGAAGUUAAGCCGUAAGAUCUUCUUGACCAUAAAUAUUUCUUAUCAAAGAUGGAUCAAGUACAUUUUAUAUUAGCUUUAAGUUCUUAUAUGGAAGACUUCUCUGGAACUCCUGGUUGUUGCGUGUUAAACUUGAAUCAUUUAAGAGUAAAAUAUUUUCAAAAGAUUAAAAAUCUAAAUUUCCAAGUAAUAUCAUUGAAGAAGGCAGAUUUAGAUAGUACACGGGAGAUAGAUUAGUGGACUUAAUGAGACUAUUUAGAAAUGUCACCGAACACAUACGUGAAUAUCAAUGGCUUCAGGUAUGUACUUUGUAUUUUUCAUUCUUCAUGUUCUACAGUUGAUUGAUAUGGGUAGAUGCAACUAUCUUGGUAAAAACUAUCUUAUUUUUGAACUAGUACUUAUAAAAUCUUAGCCUACAGCCUACUAUAUUGAUAUACACUUUAAUUUUUUCAGGAGUAUGUUGGUGGUAUUUCUCACAGGCAUAUUUAUGACUGUUUAAUGAACCUUUUUCCUUUUCUUUAUUGGCUGUGCGCAACUACUCCUCAGACUGAUUGGGAAGAUGGAUUCUUGAAACCGUAGCAGUUUCAUAGCAGAAUUUACAGAUGAGGUUAACAAUGCUUAUCUAGCGAUUCACUCGAUUCCUUUUUUACAUGACCACUUUCAUAGAUUUUCUUUUAAUUUUGUUUAUCGUGUAAAUAAAGACACACAUUUGAAGUUAAACAUGUUAUUAAGUACUGCUUCAAUUUCGAAGAAACAGUUAACAUGUUAUUAAGUAAUGAAGGCGUAUAAACCCGGAUCCGGUGUUGGAUAAACAUGCCUUCUAUCGGUUGGACAAAAGCACAGAACAAUAUAAUAUAUGUGUUGUCUGUUUGUGGGAUUCAGAGUUUAUUGAGAGAGAAUGAGACAUGUUCUUUUUUUUGGCGGGGGUGACAUUUCGUGAAAAGUAAUCAAGUUGGAAUGAGAUUCUUCUUUUGGAAAGGUAUUAAUUAACUUUGAUAGUCAGUAUCCAUUUUCUUCUUCUCUCUUUCGUCAGUGUGGUGCUAUCCAUCUCUCUUUCGCUUUUCCGCUUCCUCUACCUGCCGGUCAGUUCGUCGCAGGGCUUCCUCACGUGAGAUCGGGGACUGUCGCACGAACUCUUUAUGUAGCUCCCUCGACUUCAAGGCAUUGGUGAAGGCGGUCAGAGUCUCGCAGGCGGUCCACGGUAGAUAUGUCAUCCAGACCGUCAACUUUUAUCGAUUCAUCCCUCCAACGGGCUAAGAAGGCGGUCAGAGUCUCCUGGAGCUCUUGCUCGACUCCCAGGAGGUGAGAGAAAUUCUUCUUGGAGUCCUUUGAGCUGGCAAAUCGUGCGAUGAACGCCUGGGCUAGCUCUCGAAAGUUUUGUAUUCUCCCAUCAUGUAAGGAGUCAUACCACUCCCGGGCUGGCCCAUCCAAGGUUACGGAGAAUCCUUUACAUCUAAUCGCAUCGUUGUACCCCAUCAUCACCAUAUAAGCCAUGUACCUAGAGACAUGAUGUUGGGGAUCAGUCUUUCCUCAGCGGGCCUCAAUGUUGCAAGGCUUGUACCCCUGUGGCAACGGAGCGUCCAUAAUUUGACGGAUAAACGGCUCAGGAAUCCUCACACCAUGAUUGAGAUUAUCCCGGUCAUCUACCGCCCUCCUGAGUUCAUCUCCGCGGGCUCGCCUAUGUUUGAGGAUCUCAUUUUGAGUUCCCCCUCCCCAUGCGCGCUGCAAUGGUGGGACGAAAUGGCUGCGAAAGAUGCUUCAUCGCCCCAUUCCACCCUGGAGGAGAGCCUUUCAUGCAUGGAGACCCUUCGUCUUCCAAUUCGAUCCAUCACUGAAGCCCUCGAGAUCUGCCUGGAAUGCUGGUGAUGAAUUCAUCUGACGUCGCGCGCAGAUACUGCUUCCUCCUCCUCCCGUUGGGGCACAGAUGGAACAUGCUGAGGGGAAGGAGGUCUUUCAUUAGUGUUGGCAACAAUCCCCUGAAAGGUGGUGGUUAAGGUUUCCACGGACCUCUGGAAUGUCGCCAAACUAGCUAAAGCUUGUGCAGGAUCCAUGCCUGGAACGAGAUUCCCAGUCACCGGCGUACGGAACUGCGACAAGCAUGUUGUAGGGUGCCUAUAACUCCCAACGCUAUGCAGACGGUUCCUCAAGUUGCCUGGAGUCACCACGUUGUCAUCCCUUCUCCGAAAAUCGCUCCGUCGUGAAUGCGAUCCUUCAUCUUCGAGCACCACAUUGGUUGUUGCUGGCACGGUUGUGAUUGUGUGAUCCAACCAUCGUUGUCGUAAAUCGGCUCUCAACGAGAAGACCAAAUGAUGAAGUUUAAUUCCAACUAUGAGAGCAGAUAAAAUUUAGGCAGCGGAAGGCACUAUUAUUAUUCCAGAAUGUGUAUCCCUUUUAGGUUGCAGCAGUAUUUUAGGAGAAAAAUGAUACAUUUAAUGCAUUUAAUCAUAAUAAGAGUCCUGUAACGUCUCGAACGUGGUGCAAUCAUUGUUCCUCUAGGUCUACGUUUUUUCCGUUAUUCCCUACCGCUAUCAGAUAGCUAUGCUCAAAUGAUAGCCCUCAACAUAAGCACUAGGAUGAGUUUGGUUAUGGGUUCCUUUCGCGGGUCAGAUUCCUAAUUAGGCCCAUCGGCUAUUAUUAGUUAUUAUAUUAAUCCCAAUUAAUGGCUGUCCCGUUGGUGGGCUUCAUUUUAAUUUGUUCUUGGGCCAUCAUUGUGGUCCAUGGUGCCAUCAUACGAGGUACAUUAUGAGUUUUGCUAAUUCACCAGACAUUUCGGACUGCGCCCACCCCUUCCAUGAAUACUUCAAUACUGCCUACACGGCUAUACAAGCAAAUAAUUGAGUAAACAAAUACAAAAUACUAGCAAAACGAUGAUAUCGUUUUAGUUCUAGUUUUACAUAUAUUUUUUUCAUUUAACAAAACACAGUCAUUUUAUAAGUGUAAAAAUUGGAUUUUGUCAACACCAGCUUCAGCAUUUCAUCGCUUUAGACUUCAGCGGUGGCACUUGAACUGCAACAUAGCAUAAGAUGAUAGGUCUCUAAGGAUGUGGUGCCGUAGCCACCGGUUGCAGCCGAAUGUGGUGUGAUGCAGCACCGUUGUUUCACCACGACUGCGUUGCGAAAUAUCCCAUGAAUCGAAAACACACCAAUAUGACGGUCCGAUGUGGUUGUGCCCCCGCCCACGAUCACAAUAUUGCGGCCGCAUCAGCUGUUAGCGUGCUGCACACUGCUAUUUAGAACCAUGCAUGUCAUAACUAUUUAAUGUAUUCAAAACUGGGCUCGCAUAUGUGAUACACAAAAUCAAAAAAUAAAAUAAAAUAAUACGGAGUAGAAUAUAACAAAACUGGACUCCCGCAACACGUCCACCACAGUUCCAGACGCCAGCCACCGGGAAUCUCGUUUUCCAACGUGGAUCCGGCGCAAGCCUUAACAAGUUUGGCGACGUUUCAGAGGGUUGUGGAAACAUUGACGACCGCCUUCCAAGGAAUCAUUCCCAAUACCAACAAAAGACCUCCUUCCCCAUGUCGGGGUCCAUCUGUGCCCCAACAGGAGGAGGAAGUGUCUGCGCAGCGUCAAAGCGUUAAAGAAAUUCACCUCCGGCGAGGUCUCAACGGUCUCAUCAUUCCAGACAGACCUCGAGGGUUUUGGUCAUGGAUCGGAUUGGAGGACGGAGAGUUUCUGUGCAUGAUAGGCUCUCCUCCGGGGUGGAACGAAGUGAUGAAGCAUCAUCUGCAGCCGUUUCCUCCCACCGUUGCAGCGCGCGUGGGGGAGAUCUCAGAGACGAGAUCAAGGAACAUUGGCGAGCCCGUGGAGAUCACGCUUCCCCACCUCGUGUCCAGGCCGGCCAGGAUAACGAUCAGAAGACGACUGGAUGAGCUUAGGAGGGCGGUGGAUGGCCGGAUUAACCAGGCCUCGAAAACAUACCCGAAAUCCUGAUCUCGAUACUGUCCCGAGAUCCAAGUCUUCGAUGCAACACCCGAGAUCCUUAAUUCGCAGCUGACCUAAGAUCUUCAUCCAAGUUUAGUUUUGCUGAAAUCUUUAUUUCGAAGGCCCGCGAUCUUCUCUAUCGAAAUCACUAUUCGAAAUCUUCAUUCGAAUUCCUAAUUUCGUAUCUUUAUUCGAAAUCUUGUUUAAUGAACCCGAAAUCAGCAGCAUCGAAAUCUUCUUCAACCAAAACAGUUCUCGCCUUUAAAGAUCAACAACAGUCAACAUGGAAGCUUAUACUCUUGGUAGUGAUUCAAGACCUCCUCUGCUUAGGAGAGGUGAAUUUGCAGUGUUGAAAGUUCGAUUCCUCUGCUUGGGAAGAACAUCCUUACUCGAAGUCUGGGUUGAUGUCCCUGAAGUCACAACUAACAAUCCUCCUACACCAGCUAGCAAUGAAGAUUAGGGCUGUGCAGAAACCGGGUCAAACCGGCAAACCGGACCAGAACCGGACCGGUUAAACCGGAUCCGGACUGGGCCGGAAUGUAAUCCGGUCCGGUUUUUUAUUUUAGUAAUUCAGUAAAUCGGAUUUCGGUUCGGUUCCGGUUAAUAACCGGUACAAUCCGGUUUAAAUCGGGAAUAACCCAGAAUUAAUAAAAAAUCCCUAAUCGACUAAUCUGUAGUACUGUACUUCAGCGUCGCCUACUUCUAAUUUAGAAGAUCUAAAUCCCUGAGUCGCAAACUCGCAAUAGUCAGAGAGCAGUCCGUUCAUCUUCACCCAUCCAUCCGGCUUGGCACACCGCUUAUACAAAUCCAAGGCAGCGGCGCACCACCAUCUGCUCCUCUCAAUCAUUCUACACCACCAUCGUCUACUCCUCCGGUGUGGUGGUGACUGGUGACGACGGUCGGUCCCAAUUCCAUAGCUUGAAGGUAAUUCUGAUUCUCCGAAAUCUGAAUGAAUAUAUAUCUGAAUACUUUGUAUAUUUGUAUUUGUGCUGAGGGCUGAGUUUUUUGCAUCUCAUUUAUUCCAAUUCAAAUUUCAUUAGUUUAUGAUACUCAGCGGUGGCUGAUGGAUUAAUCUAGCAACGGUGUAACUAAUUAUCUGAUUUUCCAGAAUAAUUUUGUUGGUUGACAUAUAUUAUUUGUAAGAGAUUAUGCCCUCAGUUGCUUACCAAUAUUUAUGCAAUCUGAGUAGAUUAUGGGGACAAUCUGAGUUUGAUACAUAUAUUUGUAUCUGAAUAUUUAUAUUUGUAUUGAUGCAUCUUCAUAUAGACAAUCUGAGUUCCAUGAAAUUGUAAAUACAUUUGGAAUGUAAUAUGAGAUGCUGAGGGCUGAGUUUUUUGAGACACAGAUUACAUAUAUACAGAUUGUAAAUCCAUGUGAAGUAUAUUACAGAUUACACUGAGGGGUGAGUAUUUGUAUUGAUGCAUCUCCAUAUAGACGAUCUGAGUUUUUCUUAUGAAUGACUUUACUACUUUCCUCCAGAAAAUGUGAAGGAAAAUAGUAUUACUUGUAUUGUUGCCUUUUUGAUUUAUCAAAUUGCAUUUAUAAUAGAUGUCAAGCAGUUCUAUUCCCACUUCCGGUGCUCGUGGCAAAAAGCGAUGCAUAAUCUCUGAAGAAACAGUAACAAGUUAUGUUCCUAAACCUCAAGAAAUAAAUGAGGAAGCUUGUUCUGAGCAGGUGGACGCGUAUGUGCAAAAACAGCCAAAACCGGGCCACAACUAUGUGAAAAGAAAAUCAAGAAAGAAAGGUGAGUAUUGGAAAUGCUUCUGGGAUUAUCUAGUUAUCUAGAUGAAGAUAACAAGAUCAUAGCAGAAUGCAUCUAUUGCGACAUCACAUUUGCUGCAGAUACUAAUGUCAAUGGCACAACGAAUUUGAAAAAUCAUGCAGCUAAUUGCAAAAACAGCCCAGUUAAUAGACACAAAGGAGGUAAGCAAGCCCACUAGAUUGAUAAUUAUGUUGUUCCUAAUAACGGUGAGGGUAAUUUUUUGGGUUUUAAGAAAGGUGUUAAUCUAGAGGAAGUUAGAAAAGCAUUAAAUCAAAUGCUUAUUCUUGAUGUACCAUUCAGAUUUGUUGAAAAACCCGAGUUUAGGCAUUUUGUGAACAUUGCGUGUACAUUUUUUCAUAUACCCUCUCGCACAACUGUUGCACAUGAUUGCUAUAAGUUUUAUCAACUGAGGUUGAGGGAUUUUUUUAGCAAAUCAUGCCAGAUUGCCAGAGUUUCGGUUACUAUUGACACUUGGACAUCAAUCCAAAGAAUAAAUCAUAUGCGUCUUACUUCCCA